AACAAUUUGUUUGAAAAUGAAGAAAACUCACGGCAGUCGCCAAGUGGUGCUGCCUCUAAUCCUUUCGCUUCUGAUGGUCCUAAUUCUCCUUCAACCAAUUGCCGUCCAAGCCAAGUCAAAGAAGAAUAAAUCGAAUCAAAACUCACAUCACAGUGACUCCUCGUCGAGUUCAUCAUCGUCCUCUGCAUCCGGUGGCAAUGAGGAGAAUAAACCGAAAAGUGGUGACAAUGGUGGCCAGCAUUUUGCCAUGGAACCGCAGGAUCAAACCGCGGUGGUGGGUUCAAGGGUUACGUUACCCUGCCGGGUAAUGGAGAAAGUCGGUGCCCUCCAGUGGACCAAAGAUGACUUUGGCCUCGGUCAGCAUAGAAACCUGAGUGGCUUCGAAAGGUACUCGAUGGUGGGCAGUGAUGAGGAGGGUGACUUCUCCUUGGACAUUUAUCCCCUGAUGCUGGACGAUGAUGCCAAAUAUCAAUGUCAAGUGGGUCCGGGACCCCAAGGUGAACAGGGUAUCCGUUCGAGAUUUGCCAAACUGACGGUACUGGUACCCCCGGAAGCACCAAAAAUUCUGCAAGGUGAUUAUCUGGUCACCACCGAGGAUCGUGAAAUUGAAUUGGAAUGUGUAUCGGUGGGUGGUAAGCCGGCAGCGGAAAUCACUUGGAUUGAUGGCCUUGGCAAUGUCCUUACCAAGGGUAUUGAGUAUGUGAAAGAACCACUGGCUGAUUCUCGUCGAAUAACAGCCAAGUCAAUCUUAAAAUUGGCACCCAAAAAGGAACAUCAUAAUACAACAUUUACAUGUCAAGCACAAAAUACUGCGGAUCGUACAUAUAGAUCGGCGAAACUUCUGCUGGAGGUCAAGUAUGCACCAAAGGUCACCGUUUCGGUGGUGGGUGGUGCCCUGGCAGGUGGAAAAAUACCCGAAGGUGCCGAGGUCAUACUCAGUUGUCAGGCAGAUGCAAAUCCCCAUGAACUUAGCUAUCGUUGGUUUAUCAAUGAUGAGUUAAUCACUGGUGAUUUCACCACCAAAAUGAUCAUACACAAUGUAACACGGCAAUAUCAUGAGGCGAGUGUCAAGUGUGAAGUCAUGAAUGCGGUGGGCAAAAGUGAGGAAAGCGAGACCUUGGACAUAAGCUUUGGUCCCGUUUUCCGCCAGCGACCUGUAAGCGUGGAAGCCGAUCUGGGCGCCACGGUGAGCAUGCGCUGUGAGGUGGCCGGCAAUCCCAAGCCGGAAAUCGAAUGGAUCAAUGAGAACUCCGAUCAGAUUGUGGGUCGCAGUGCUGAACUAAAGCUGAAGGUAACCAGCGAGAAUGCUGGUCGUUAUUUUUGCAAGGCAGUUGUCAAUGGAUUUCCCGAAAUUGGAGCCGAGGCCACGGUUUAUGUGAAGCGAGCCCCUAUCAUAACCUCACACAAAGUGCAAUUUGGUGGCGUUGGUGGACGUGUGAAGAUCGAUUGUCUUGCAUUUAGUAUACCCAAGGCAGAGCAUAUCCUGUGGUCCUUUGAGGGCAAAGUGAUAAAUAUGAGCAGCGCUGAUCCCGAUAUAUAUAUCUUUGAGGAGCAUCAUUUGCCGGAGGGCGUUAGAGCAGCCCUAAUUAUACGUGAUAGCAAAGCCUCACAUUUUGGACGCUACAAUUGUACGGUGAUGAAUUCAUAUGGCGGUGACUCAUUGGUGAUCACAUUGGUCCGUGAGGCAGGCAGCAUACCCGUACUGCUUGUCGUCAUGGGAUCCAUGUUCUCGGUGGCCAUUAUCCUCAUGAUUGUUAUGAUCAUCAUUGUGUAUCGGAAGCGACGCAGUCGUAAGAAGCCAAUGCCAGCGGAUGUUAUACCGGAGGCAUCGCGUGGUGGUGACAAGUUAAAUGAAUUGAAAAGUGAAUUACGCUCAAAGGCCUAUGAUGUGGAAUACUCGGAAGCUGGAAACGAUGGUUUGGCCAUCAAUUUAAAUCAAUCUCCCAUGCCUGAUGUCCAGAUGAAGGGUGCCACCUUGGGUGUACCCCUGGCAGGACCUGUUAAAUUCGAUGAACGUUUCUCUGGUGACUUCACUGCCGGCGAUCGGUAUAAUCGACAAUGUCAUAUUAAGAAUUUAAAGAAUCAGCAAGAGACGGCGUAUAAGGAGAGUCCACAGGCCAAUGGUUAUGCGCAUUAUUUUGAAUAUGCUUUGGACUAUAGUCCGCCUGGUGAGGGUGCUGCGGUGAUGGUUGGUGGUGUGGCCAAGGCCAAAAACGGUGGCAUGAAUUCGGCCACCUUGCCACAUUCCGCGGGAGCCACCGCCGGUGCCGCUGUAGCUGCAGCUGGAGCCUCUAUCAAUGGUGGCGGUGGAGCGAAUGGUGGUGGUGCCAGUCUGCCAAGAAAUCAGAAUCGACACGAACUGCAGCAAUCCCAGCAGGCCAAUGGAUUUUUGGGUCAACCGCUGCUGCAGAAUGGCAUCGAUAGCCGCUUCAGUGCCAUUUAUGGCAAUCCAUAUUUAAGGACAAAUUCGUCGCUAUUGCCACCGCUCCCGCCGCCGAGUACCGCCAAUCCGGCGGCCACGCCCGCCCCACCGCCCUAUCAUGCAGCCCGCCAUGGGGGCCAUCAUGCCCAUCACGGGAGCGGCGGUCUGAGGCAUUUCAGUGGUGCGGCAGUGAUCACCACGAGUCCUGUGGCAAAUCUGAGUGGCAAUAGCGGCACAAUAGCGCCCAGCGGCGGUGGUAUUGGUAGCAUCAUGCCCAGUGGCGGCGGUGCGGGUGGCAGUGUCAGUGGCAGUAGUUCGAAUUUAACCGCCAGCAGUAACACCUUGGCGGCCACGCCCCAAGCGCAGGGCGGCGGAAUUGGUGGUAGUGGUGGUGGUAGUGGUGCCCCAUGUGCCCAAAGUCCAUCGGGGCAAUUUAUAUUGCCCAAUAAUGGCAAGGGGCAUACGCAAAAGGGACCUCUGGCCACCCAUGUCUAAGCGAUAGAAGAUAUCGAAAUAAUAUCGAAUUAAAUCGAAAAAAUAUCGAGAAAAAAAAAACACAAAAACCGAAGGAUACGCAUAUACACCGUAUAAAUAUUAGAGCAAAGCCAUUAGUAAUCCCUAAAAAAUAUAUGCUAAUUUCGUAAAUGGAAACAAACUUCUAGUGAGUAAUUGUUUUUUUUUCUACUUAUCUCACCUAGGAAAAUAGUAUAUAUUAAAUGAAGGGCUUGCACGGGAAAUUAUUCACUUUCUCUAAGUUAAAAACAAAAUACAAUAGGCCAAAAAAUACAACAAAAAAAACAACAGAGUUAAAAAGCUAUCAGAAAUGUUUUAGGAAACUGGUGUGUGUCGUUGUCGCUUAAGGUAUUCACAAUCAAUGUUCCAAAAAUAGCAAAACAAAAUGAAAUAUUCCAAGCAAAAUGUUGAAUUUAUUAACAAGAAAAUACAUAUUAUUAUUAUUUUCUUACCUUAAUCGGAGUCUAAUCACUUUUUGUUUG